CUGACGAGGAUCGUGGUCUCGCAGGAACUGUCGACCGGCGCGCUCCCGCUCGUCCUCGUCAAGAUGGGCACCAUGGACCGCGACGACAAGGGCGACAAGCGCAUCCCGAUCCUCAUGAACUACCUCAAGCUGCGCAUCACCGACUCGGUCUACCCGUUCCACGACAAGCACGCCAUCUUCCGCAUCGAGCUCGAGUACGGCGACAGCGCCGUCAAGUGGGUCAUCUACCGCGAGCUCAAGGACUUUGUCAAUCUGCACGCCCACUACCGCGUCGCCAACCUGCGCCAGGGCAUCGACAAGUUCCCGGCGUUCCCCAAGACGAGCCUGCCGUACCUCAACUGGCUCAAGAGCGAGGGGCGCGGCAACGUUGGCAAGGCCGACUUUGCGAGGAUGCAGCGCGAGGCGCUCGAGAACUACCUUCUCAAGCUCAUUCGUGCGACCAUGUUCGGCGCCGGCGCCAACCGCCUGUGCAAGUUCCUCGAGAUCUCGGCCAUGUCGAUCCAGCUCGCCACUCGGGGCGGCGAGCAGGGCAAGCAGGGCUACCUCCGCGUCACGUCGUCGAGCGGCGGCAGGCGCAAGCAGCCCGGCUUCCACCCGAUCAGCUGGAAGAAGCGCCACGAGCCCAAGUGGUUCAUCGUCCGCGACAGCUACAUCGUCGCUGUCGAGAGCCCUGCAUCGACCGACGUGUUCGACGUGAUCAUGGUCGACUCGACGUUCGAGAUCGAGCGCCCGACGCGCGUGUACCGCAAGGGCCUCAACCUCCUGCAGCCCGACGGCUCGCGCGAGUCGCUCAACGGCGACGACGAGCUGCGUGCCGGCCACGCCGACCUGCUCGCCGACGAGCCGACGCCGCCCUCGGGCCACCGGGGCGUCGCCGACCCUCGCGACCCGUCGACGACGCACCCCAACAUGCAGGACGACGAGGACGGCAACGGCCUCAAGAACUCGUCGACCCACACGUUCUACCUGCGCUCGAGCGAGCGCAAGCUGCGCCUCGUCGCCAAGACCGAGCGCCAGCAGGACCAGUUCAUCGCCUCGAUCGAGAAGAUGCUCGCCAAGACGAUCUGGGCCGGCAGGAACCGGUUCGACAGCUUUGCGCCGAUCCGCCUCAACGUCGCCGCUCAGUGGCUCAUCGACGGGCGCGACUACUUCUGGAGCCUCUCGCGCGCGAUCGCGCUCGCCAAGCACAAGAUCUACAUCCACGACUGGUGGCUCUCGCCCGAGCUGUACCUGCGUCGUCCCGCCAUCAAGAACGAGAAAUGGCGCCUCGACCGCCUCUUGCAGCGCAAGGCCCGCGAGGGCGUCCAGGUGUUCGUCAUCGUGUACAAGGAGGUGUCGAACGACUUUACGCCGGUCGACUCGACCUACACCAAGACGCGCCUGCGAGGCCUGCACCCCAACAUUCACGUCCAGCGCUCGCCGUCGCACACGUCGACAGGCACGCUCCUUUGGUCGCACCACGAGAAGAUGUGCGUCAUCGACGAGACCAUCGGCUUCAUGGGCGGCCUCGACCUGUGCUUCGGCCGGUGGGACACGCCGGGCCACGUCCUGACCGACGACGGGCCCAACCCGCUCAAGGACGGCGUCGACGGCAAGAAGGUGAGCGACGACGAGGCGGCCAAGGCGCAGAUCUGGCCCGGCAAGGACUACUCGAACCAGCGCGUGCUCGACUUUCACACGCUCAACAAGCCCGAGGAGGACAUGUACGACCGCAGCAAGGUCCCGCGUCAGCCCUGGCACGACAUCGGCCUGCAGAUCAUCGGCCAGCCGGCGCGCGACCUGUGCCGCCACUUCAUGCAGCGCUGGAACUACCUCCUGCGCACCAAGAACCACACGGUUAAGAUGCCGUUCCUCAUCCCGGCGCCCGACUUUACGCCUGAGCAGCUCCAGAGCCAGCGCAUCACGGGCACGUGCGAGGUCCAGAUCUGUCGCUCGGUCGGCCCGUGGUCCAUGGGCAUCUCGCACGUCGAGCACUCGAUCCAGAACGCCUACAUCAAGUCGAUCCAGCUCUCGGACCACUUUGUCUACAUCGAGAACCAGUUCUUCAUCAGCUCGAGCGAGUGCGAGGGCACCAUCAUCGAGAACAAGAUCGGCGACGCGCUCGUGUCGCGCAUCAUCCGCGCUCACACCGAGGGCACGCCGUGGCGCGCCAUGGUCGUCGUCCCCCUCAUCCCGGGCUACCCGUACCCGCUCGACCACUCGGAGGCGUCCUCGGUCCGCCUCAUUAUGGAGUGCCAGUUCCGCACCAUCUGCCGCGGCGAGCACUCGAUCUUUGCGCGCCUGCGCCGCGAGGGCAUCGACCCGGACGAGUACAUCACCUUCUUCGGCCUGCGAGCGUGGGGCAAGCUCAGCAACGGCGCCCUCACGACCGAGUCGACCUACAUCCACGCCAAGGGCAUGAUCGUCGACGACCGCAUCGCCAUCAUCGGCUCGGCCAACAUCAACGAGCGCUCGCAGCGCGGCGACCGCGACUCGGAGCUCGCGUGCAUCAUCCGCGACACCGACAUGAUCGACUCGACCAUGGCGGGCAAGCCGUACAAGGUCGGCCGCUUCGCGCACACGAUGCGUGUGCGCCUCAUGCGCGAGCACCUCGGCAUCGACGUCGACGAGAUCGAGUCGGCCGAGGGCCGCGAGGAGCUCGAGGCGCGCGAGGCCGACCACAUCCAGCACCGCGACGAGGAGUGGGACCCGGACAGCGAGCAGAGCCACGGCACCAACCGCGGCGCCAAGGCGGGCAAGACGGACCGCUUCAUCCGCAGCGCUCUCGGCUCGGCGGCCGAGUACACCGGCGGCGUCGCAGGCGGCACGGUCGAGGCGGCGUCGCUCGGCCUCGAAAAGACGGCGGGCAAGGUGCGCCAGACGCUCCGGGUCGACAUGGACGAGCGCGAGAACAAGCCGCCGUCGGCCGUCGCCGAGGACGAGGAGACGAACGCCGACCGCAUCGUCCAGGGCCAGGACGGCACGCCGGGCUUCGCGUCGAGCGUCGUCCCGACCAUCGAGGAGAAGGUCAUGACCGAGAACCGGCCGCCGCCCGAGCACCGCGACGACGACGGCGCCUCGCAGCGCAAGCAGGUCGCGCAGCGCGAGCGCGAGGAGGGCCCGACGACGCGCUCGCCGGCGCAGCGGCGCGAGGAGGAGCAGGAGGCGCACGGCGACCACGGCGCGCCCAUGCCGCGUCAGAACGGCGGCGAGGACCUCCCGAGCGAGCGGCACCCGCAGCGCAGCCAGGAGGGCGCCGAGUUCACCCAGAACGAGUCCAAGCGGCCCCUGCACCAGCAGCGCACGGCGUCGCAGGCGCAGGGCAACGAGCAGGCCGUCAACCGCAACGCCGUCACGACCGCCUUGCGCAAGAACCUGCGCGAGCGCGGCGCGUACACGAUCCCGACGCCGGCGCCCGAGGUCGACCCGUACGGCUUUGCCGACCCGCUCGUCGACGGCUUCUACAAGGACGUGUGGCUCGCCGCCGCCGUGCGCAACACGCAGAUCUUCCGCAAGGUGUUCCGCACCAUGCCCGACGACCUCGUCCAGACGUGGAAGCAGUACCGCGAGUUCCAGAACUGGGCCGAGCGCCACAACAAGCCGCCCAAGAACGUCGUGCCCGCCGGCGACGAGCCGCCGCACUCGAACCCGGCCGGCCACUCGGGCCAGCACGGCGCCGGAGGAGGAGGCUCGGGCGGCGGCGCCAUGGGCCAGGGCAAGGACGAGGAGGGCAAGACGAUGGACAAGGAGAACUCGACGCGCAACCACGUCGACCAGAACGUGCACGUCGCGGCGGGCAAGGUCGACGAGCACACGGGCGUCCCCGGCUUCGGCAUGUGGACCCGAGGCGGCGACAAGACCGAGAAGGAGGUCCUCCUCGAGAAGGGUCUCGGCGCGUACGACGCGGUGCGGCAGGGCAACAGCUCGACGGCCGGCGAGAGCCCGUCCGGCCAGAACGGCGACAAGCUCGACGUGCCGCAGUCCAAGGUCGACGGCAUCGAGCGCUCGCGCCAGCGCGGCUCGACCAUCUCGCGUCGCGCCCGUUCGACGGUGCCCGGCGGCAGCGAGGACUCGUCGGCCGACGUCGGCGGCGCGGCGCUCAACGAGAAGAAGGGCCGAGGGAGGAGCUCGACGCUCGCCGGCGGCGGCAGCAAGGACGGCGGCAAGGACGACAAGGGCGGCGCCGACGGCCACGACCACGACGAAGCGUUCCCGGAGGAGGAGCGCAAGCAGAUGGAGGCCCUGCUCGAGGAGGUGACGGGCCAGCUCGUCGUCUUCCCGACCAGGUUCCUCGAGGCCGAGUCGGCCGGCGGCAACUUCCUCUUUUCCAAGGACCGCAUUCCGCCGAUGGCUAUCUACGACUGAUUGCCCUUCUUGACCCUCUUCCUUGUACUGUGUACCCUCCCCCCUUGUUGCAUACCCCCAUCCUCUCGCACGUGCCUCCCCUCUCCUGCAUCGUCUCGACCCGGUUCUUCCG